AUGCCUCGCAGGGUGGUGAAUUUCUGGGAAAGGCUAUUUUCCGGCUACCGGUAUGCCAAUGAAGAACUAUCCCAGUUGCUGCUCAGGGAAGCCUCUGGUUCAUCGGUCCAGGCCGUGGAGGAUGGAUUGGUGGUCCUGCCCAAAAUUCACUACGUGAGCUCCUGCGAGAACCACCUGCUGCCGUUCUUCGGAGUGGCUAGGGUCGGCUACCUGAUAAACAGGGACCAGGAUCCCCCGGGAGACGUGUCGAAGCUGGUUGACGUCUUGUCUCGACGCCUGCAGCACCAGGAACGAUUGACCGAGCAGAUAUGCAACCUGCUGGACGGGAGGACUGAAGGGGCCGCGGUGAUGCUCGAGGGCAAUUACCUGUGCCCACUGGUGCAGGGCCGAAACGACCGAAAGGCAAUUUUCGAAACAACGGCCUUCGCCGGAAAAUUCAAGGGCAGCACUGAAUUGCGGGACCGCUUCUUUACACUGGCCAGACAGGCGUGA